CUCUGUUUCUUUCUCGAGAAAAUCACAAAAAGAAAAUCAAACUUCGUUUCUGUUUUUAAUUUCAUCGUUUUCCUUCUUCGAAUCUCGUUAGACUUCACGAAAUCCUUCCCCAAUACGUGUGGAAAGAGUUUCCUUUGAUUUCUCUUUUUCUGCUCGGAAUAGCUUGCGUCCGAAGAAGACUUUUUUUUUUUUUAAUAAUUUGCCGACGAUUCGGAGAGUGAACGAUUGUUAAAUCCGUUUCUCGAUAUCUGUUUCACGUUCCUUAAUAUGCAAGUAAUGUGAAUUACUGGUGAAUUUCUGUUGCAAUUCGCGAGGUGAUCUGUUUGCCGGUGAGGAUGAAAUUCUUUGUUUUUGUGAUUUCUAAAGCUUUUCCGGUGGUUAGAUCUGCUUUGUGUUCGUCGGUUUUUUUUUUUUGAACGAGUGAGUUCUUGUAAUUGCAGCAAGUUUUGAGGCAUGAUUUGUUGGUGAAGAGAGGAAGGACAGUGUCUUUUCUUUCUUUUUCUUUUUCUUUUUUUUUAUUUGAUUGUUUGGAGGAGAUGAAGAGGUCGAGGGACGACGUUUACAUGGCUCCUCAACUUAAGAGGCCUAUGAUUUCUUCUCGAGGGGAAACGUAUAGAGAGAUAUCCAAAAUAGCAACCAUCUUCGCUUCGAGUAUGCACACAUUACAAGUUUCUGUUCUAUGGAAGAAUGUAGUUUGGGAUGUGUGUUUGGCCAUGCCAGGUAUGUAUAGCCAGGAGCUUGCUUUCUGUGAUAAAGUGAAGGAGAAGCUGCAAAGUCCGGAUAAUUAUCAGGAGUUCUUGAGGUGCCUUCAUCUCUAUAGCAACGAAGUGAUAACAAGACCACAAUUACAAUCCUUGGUGAGUGGUUUGUUGGAAAAAUAUCCGGAUCUCAUGGAUGGGUUCAAUGAAUUUUUGGUGCGAUGUGAGAAGAAUGAGGGAUUGCUCGCCAGUUUUGUGAGUCAAAAGUCCUUGUGGAAUGAAGGGUAUUUACCAAGUUCAGUGAAGGCAGAGGAUAGGGAUAGAGAUCGAGACCGUGAAAAGCAUGAUGGUGUAAAAGAUAGAGACCGGGAAAGGGAUAGGCUUGAUAGAGGUCCUUUUGGAAAUAAAGAUAUAGGAAGUCCCAGGAUGUCUUUGUUUGCUAGCAAGGCAAAACCCAUUAGUGAACUUGACCUCUCUAAUUGUGAACGAUGUACUCCAAGUUAUCGGCUUCUCCCAAAGAAUUAUCCAAUACCUACAGCAAGCCAGAGAACAGAGCUUGGUGCUGAAGUGCUCAAUGAUCAUUGGGUGUCUGUCACUUCAGGAAGUGAGGAUUACUCCUUUAAACACAUGCGUAAGAACCAGUAUGAAGAAAGCCUGUUUCGAUGUGAAGAUGACAGGUUUGAGCUCGACAUGUUGUUGGAAUCUGUGAAUGUAACAACCAAGCGAGUGGAAGAACUUUUGGAAAAGAUGAACAAUGCAGACAGUCCAAUUCAUAUGGAGGGCCACUUAACAGCUCUGAAUCUAAGGUGCAUUGAGCGUCUAUAUGGUGACCAUGGACUUGAUGUAAUGGAUGUAUUAAGAAAGAAUGCUCCUCUAGCUUUGCCAGUUAUAUUAACGCGCUUGAAGCAGAAACAAGAAGAGUGGGCAAGGUGUCGAGCUGAUUUUAAUAAAGUUUGGGCUGAAAUUUAUUCCAAGAACUACCAUAAGUCACUUGAUCAUCGUAGCUUCUAUUUCAAGCAGCAAGACUCGAAGAACUUGAGCACAAAAGCCUUAUUGGCAGAGAUAAAAGAAAUCAGUGAGAAGAAGCGAAAGGAAGAUGAUGUACUUCUUGCUAUUGCAGCUGGAAACAGACGGCCUAUUAUUCCAAAUUUGGAGUUUGAUUACGCUGAUCCUGAAAUUCAUGAAGAUAUGUAUCAGCUCAUCAAAUAUUCUUGUGGAGAAAUGUGUACAACUGAACAGUUGGAUAAAGUAAUGAAAAUAUGGACUACCUUUGUAGAACCUAUGCUUGGUGUUCCUUCUCGACCUCAAGGUGCAGAGGACACCGAAGAUGUUGUGAAGACUAAGAACAAAAGUGAUUCUUCCACCUUUAGUGAGAGCGAGGGAAGCCCUGGUGGUGGUGGUGGUGCUACUGUUGUGAAUUUCAGACAGUCAAAUCCUUGCAAAAAUGGACAUGAAAGUAGCCAACCUGAGCAAUCAAGUUCUAGCCGGUCUUGGAUGCCGAAUAGAGAUAAUGGGAUCAAAGAAGAUGGCUCUGUUGAUGUAGAUCAUAUUGCUCAUAAAACCAAUAUCUCACCUGACGCUCCUCAACAAGAUAAAAUUCAGGUUAAUGCAGCUACAGUUGAUGGAAUCUCAGGGUCCAGCAAACAAGCCAGUUCUAGUGAACAAUUAAUCAAUCCUAGUGCAUCCCUUGCAGCUGGAUUGGAGCAAAGCAAUGGAAGAACUAGCGUAGAAAGUGCUUCAGGUCUUAGUGCUACACCUUCAAGACAAUGCAAUGUUCCUGUUGAGGGCGGGCUUGAGCUGAAGUCAAGUAAUGAAAAUUUGCCUGUAUUGGAGGGUGGUGAUUGUUCUAGACUAAUUACAUCCUCAAAUGGGAUAAUGACAGAAAGUGCCAAAAGUCACAAAUGUAAUGAAGAACCUGCUGGACAAUUUAAGGUCGAGAGGGAGGAAGGUGAAUUGUCUCCAAAUGGAGAUUUUGAGGAAGAUAACUUUGCAGUUUAUGGAGACACUGGUCUGGACAAUGUACCCAGCGUGAAGAGUGGUCCUCUAAACAGGCAAUAUCAAAAUCAAGGGGAAGAAAUAUGUGGUGUAGGGGCUGGGGGUGGAAAUGGCGCUGGUGAAGACGGUGAAGAAAGUGCUCAGAGGUCAUCAGAGGAUAGUGAGAAUGCCUCUGAGAAUGGUGAGGUUUCUGGGAGCGAGUCUGGUGAUGGUGAUGAUUGCUCAAGGGAAGAGCAAGAGGAGGAUAUAGACCAUGGUGAGAAUGAAAACAAGGCUGAGAGUGAAGGUGAGGCUGAAGGGAUGGCCGAUGCAAAUGAUGUUGAAGGAGAUGGAACCUUGUUACCCUUUUCCGAACGCUUCCUGCAAACUGUAAAGCCCGUUACAAAGCAUGUCCCUCAAGCAUUAUAUGACAGAAAAAGGGUUUCUGAGAUUUUUUAUGGAAAUGAUUCGUUUUAUGUGCUUUUUAGGCUUCACCAAACAUUAUAUGAGAGAAUUCAAUCAGCAAAGAUCAAUUCAUCAUCCUUGGAUAAAAAAUGGAGGGCCUCAAAUGAUCCAAGCCCCACUGAUCUGUAUGCCAGGUUCAUGAGUGCACUUUACAAUUUACUUGAUGGCUCUUCUGAUAAUACAAAGUUUGAGGAUGACUGCCGAGCUAUAAUUGGAACUCAGUCAUAUCUUCUAUUCACGCUGGAUAAGCUAAUAUAUAAACUUGUCAAACAACUUCAAGCUGUUGCAAUUGAUGAGAUGGAUAGCAAGCUUCUCCAACUCUAUGCAUAUGAGAAAUCUAGAAAGCCUGAAAGAUUUGUUGAUGUUGUUUAUCAUGAAAAUGCACGAGUUCUCCUUCAUGAUGAGAAUAUAUAUCGUAUUGAAUGUUCAUCCACACGAACGCAUCUCAAUAUUCAGCUUAUGGACUACGGGCAUGAUAAGCCUGAAGUGACAGCUGUUUCCAUGGACCCUAAUUUUGCAGCUUACCUGCAAAAUGACUUCCUUUCAGUUGUUCCUGAGGAAAAAGAGAACACUGGGAUUUUCCUGAAGAGGAAUAAACGCAGGCACAGCAGCGGUGAUGAAUUUAACUCUCUAAGUCAAGCCAUGGAAGGACUUAAAGUGGUCAAUGGUUUGGAGUGCAAGAUUGCUUGCAAUUCAUCCAAGGUCUCUUACGUAUUAGAUACUGAAGAUUUUUUAUUCAGAGGAAGGCAAAGAAGAGCUUUGCACCAAAGCAGCUCAUGCCAACCUAAAGUUUCAAAUGGCUGUUCAGUUAGACUACAACGAGUACAGCGAUUUCAAAGUUUGGUUGCUGGCACAUAAUUAAACCUUUCUUGAUUCUUAUACGGUUUCUUUAUUCUCCCAUCAGCGGGAAUUAGAUGCAGAGUUUUCUGGGAUGAGAGGGUCUACACUCCACAGCGCUGGAAAUUGAAAAGCUUUUUCAAAAAUUGUCUUCCAAGUAUUAUCAUAUUUGUCUCACUCACCAACCAAAUAAAGAAUGUGAAGGAAAAGAAAGCGGGAAAGAUUGAAAGGCCGGAAAGGUCAUGGAAUAUGGCAAGUUCGUGGCUUUCUAACCACAUUUCUGUACAUAGAGGUAGUUUGUGCUAAAAGGGUUCUCAUUUUUUAGAUUGUGGAAGAGGACAGGACAGAAAAGAGCGUUCAUGGCGGGAGGAGAGAGGGUUUAGAUUGUCAUUUCAGAAUUUCAGUUACAGACAAUAUAAAAAAAAAAUUCAAAAUAUUUACUGAGAUUCUCUUUUUUUACUAAUUUAUUAAUAUGAUAUUUUAGCGUAGUUUAUUUGUGGUUAAAUGUCAAUUUUUGUUUAUCAACGUUAAGAAAUUAAAAAUGUGUAU